AUGUAUGAUGGCGAUCAAGAAGAAGACGACGGACAGCAAGCAGAUUUGGGUCUCACGAAGACAGCUGGGGAAGAGACAUGGAAUACCAACUUCUACAUCUAUCGAGGAGCCCACACAUUAGCAACAAUACCAGGGCCUACUCAUGUUAUGGUCGACAUUUCCGUCAAUCAUAUACCCAACAAUGCCUUUUUUCAACAAGAUUCAUUAAUGUCGGUUGCCCUUCCAAGAGAUUUGCACCAAAUUGGGGAUCAAGCGUUUUCGCAGUGUCAUUCCCUCCUUGCAAUGACCCUCUCACUGCAUUUGGAAUCGAUUGGUCGCUUGGCCUUUGCAGAAUGUACUUCGCUGACACAUAUUGACUUUGCACCAGAUUCUCAGCUGAAAUCCAUGGAGGAUGGAUGCUUUUCAGGGUGUCGAUCCUUGGAACACAUUCAACUUCCGCCCUCCAUUACAAGCCUCGGAAAGAGAAUCUUUUAUAACUGUACCAAGCUUUCAACUAUGGACUUGUCGGCAUGCCAUGGCCUAACGCGGAUCGGAAGCCACUCAUUUGGUUUCUGUUCGGGGUUGAAAACUUGCUUUUUACCAGCCGAAGUGACGGUGAUUGACACCAGUGCCUUUGGCCAGUGUUACGAGUUGCGGCAUCUUCAUCUUGGUAGUUUGCGACAAGGUGGCUCGUCAUCUCAACUUUUGACUAUUGGAGAUGAAGCCUUUGCUUCGUGUCGAUCGUUUAAGUCAAUUGCUCUUCCAAGGUCGCUUCAAAAGAUUGGCAAACUUGCCUUUGCCAAUUGUUUCGAUUUAAUCACAGUCGACUUUGCUCCAGACAUUCAAUUGCGGGAGGUUGGAGAUCAGAUCUUUUUGGAAUGCAAGAGGCUAGUUAACAUUGAACUGCCCGAACCAAUUGCCCAUUCUAUAAUGUUGAAGCACGGCACGUUUGACGGAUGCACGGAUUUGAAAGAGCGAUUUGCGCCUAUCGAAGGCCAAGCGAACGAGAUCUUUCUGAAGGAGGCCCUCAGCAUUCGGUAUGGUAUAUCGCCACUACAUCAGCUAUGCUACGAUCAAGCACAUUAUACAGUCGAAGACGCCAUGUCCCAAUUCGAAAAAAUACUUGCUGAGGAUGCAGAACCGCUCAAGUUCAAGUCGUCGCUCAAGACGAGAUGGAUAGAUAUCUUCCAAAUGACGCCAAUUCAUAUUCUUGUGGCGUCAUCAGAAGGAAACCCAGAGCUCUUAAAGGCAAUAUUGGACCAUUGUGACAGAAAAAUGUCGCAAGUUGGACCUCUGAUGAUGACAGAAGACCUUUGGGGGAGACUUCCAAUACACUUGGCUUGCUUGAGUGACUCACCUAUCACCAUGGUCGAGGUAUUGCUACAAGUCCACACUUCUAUCGAUGUUUGGGAACUGGAGCCAGCACACUGGAAGUCUUGUAUCGAUGCGGCCACGUACCAUCGCAGAGAACUACUUCCUCUUUUGAAGAGGGCUCACCUUGCAAGACGAAUUGGUUCCUUGGGAUUGAUAAAGUGGAAGCAAGAUAUCGAUCAUCAAAUUGAAAACAUUGAGACUGAGAUUGUGAUGGCUAGUCGACGCUCUAUUUCUUCGAUUGAACGCACGUUGGAGAAGUACGAGAAACAAGAAACGGUAGCGCUACUGCGAUCGGCGGUAUGGAAGGCGACUUUGCUGAAGCUUCGUGAACAGCAUGACAGAAUUUUUGAGGAGCAACGAGCUCACUGCUUCAUUCAAUCUGGCGACGAAAUUGCAGUUGCCAACAUUCUACCGUUUUUGGGCCUUCAGCAACAGGCUUCUUGA